AUGAAAGAACCAUCAAAGCUAAUAGCCAUCAAGAUGACUUUAAACGACCCAGCAAAGAGCGAUACCCUCUACAGCCUUCCAUUGGAACUCAGACAGCAGAUUUUUGAGGAAUGUCUUAAUACAAACCUCGCCACACAAGAAUACCACAAGAACAAACAACACAAAUCUCUUAGCCUGCUUGUCGCUCUUCGUGCUGAUCGCAGUCAUAUACUCUAUGACGACGCACUCUAUGUCUUCUAUAAGCGAAACCGAGUCUAUAUCACACUCUCAUGGUCAACAGUCAGAAAGUCCCAUGUUUGGUACAAGCCCACAGAGACUGCGGCGAGCUAUGUAAGACAUCAUGGUAUAUAUUUUAGUCAAGACUUAGUGUAUGUUCCAUCCCCAUGAAUGCUUUUGACCUGGUUCCAUAUUCUUGAUGUGCUAACUAUAUUGCGUACAGAGAAUCAAACGAGCGUAAUCUGAUGGAUUUCUCGCAACUCCCCCAACCACUCUUCAGCCAUCUCACGAACCUCGAAACUUUCCAAUUCAGCGUCGGUCGUCAAUUAAUAUACCCUUGUCCCAAACAUUUCCUCAAGCAACCCUUCCUCUGCUACAUCCUGGAGAAGUUCUUCGGAGCAGGAUGCAAGAAGUUAAGAAGAGUGAGCGUGGAGUACAAGAUCCACCGACAAGAGUGGGUCACUACGAAUUUCAUCCGUCGUCCCUCGGAGAUCGCUGCAGAUAUCAAACGUAGGGAGGAGGAGAGAGACGAUCCGGAUUCGUUUGAGUUCAUGAAAGCAGCUUUGCACAUGGAAGGCGAAAAGUGCUGGAUUUCGGAGGAACGGAGCGAGGAACUGACCUAG